AUGCCUUUGCUAGCGGGUGAAGAGCGUCUUUUGACCGUUUUCGCCGAUAUUCAUUACUAUUUCGCAGCGCCUACUCCAAAGCCCCUCCACCACCGAUUUGAGAAGGGCUCAUACUUGUAUAUUUACCACGAUCCAUCUCAGCACAGAGCGCGCAUCGAGAUCGCCAAUAACCCAGGCUCUGCCGAUCAGGAUGCGUUCCAUGGAGUCCUGAAGAAUGCCCAUAUCAGACAUUCGACCCAAUUUCAUAGCCGCUGUACCCUGACGGUGGACGGAAUAACUGGUUCCCCCCAGCCACAAGAGCACCAGGCUUCCCAGUCUGACUGGCGACUACCAUGCGCCAAUACACAUACAGGUCAGCUUGAGCUGGCCCGUCUCCAUACACUGGAUAUCUAUUUUUGGACGGUCGAGGAUGCGAACGACUUCCUGGAUACGCUAGGCCGUAUCUUGGCUGUCUCGCAAGUGGAAACGGAUCGAAUCGUCUUGCCUAGCCAACAGUUGAGCUCUGUCGUUCAGCAGCUUGAGAAUGUAGCAGUCUCUGACCCGGCCUAUCAGAACGGACAAACACUAAAUUCCAGAUCAGAGCCCAGUGUCCUACCAACUCCCGGUUCGCAGGACCUCUCACGAACUCCGAGUUUCGCUCCUCCCCCGACUACCCCGCUGGUUGACCAGCAAGCUAAUACGGGUAGUCAGGCUUCAGGGAGAGAGCGAAGAGAAUCAGCAGCCAGCUUUGCUCCUCUUCCGUACAAUCCUGCUGCGCCUGCCGCUCCAGAGCCAAUCAAACAUCGUGAAAAGACUCCCCCGCCGGAGGAUGGCGUCGAUGGUACUGGGCUGGCGGCAGCUCUAGCAGCCGAUCAUGGUGUUCCAUACACAUCAGCACACCAAACAGGCAGCACACCUGGGAUCGGGUCAUUGUCACCCCCACCAUCCUCGUCGCAAGGCCUGUCCUAUGCUGGACCUCCCGCGACUUCUCCGGCAGCAUACGCUUCUCCUCCACCGAGUGCCGGGCUCUCGUUUAACAAUAGAUACUCUUCCCAGACAUUACUCCCAAGCCCGGGCCUGCCCUCGUAUAUCCAGUCGACCCAGAUCGGACAGCCGUACAUGCCAAACGUCCAGGGACAGAUGUCCUUUGCGCCACCUCCUCAGGACCCCAACGCACAUCUCUACGCGCAGCAAGUUUACGGCACUUCCCAGUCCACCCUGCUGCAUCCGAGCCGCAGUGGAUCGAUUAGUGGAUACUCAAGUCAUUCGCAUGGCCCGCCGCAGGCUUCCGAAUACGACAUUCACAGCCAGGUAUACCGGCCAAUGGAGAAUGAGGUCGGUGGACAUGGUACUAAGUGUGCCAAGAAGGCAAUGGAGGCGCCCGGGGAGCGACCUCGCAAAUUCGAGAAUGGUGCGGCGAAGUUGGAGAGUGGAGUCAAUAGGCUCUUCAGGAAGCUAGAGAAGAAGCUCUAA